AUGGGUUUCUUCUUCUUCUUCUUCUUCUUCUCGGUCUGCAUACGGGGUUAUUGGCAGCAAGUAGCCACCCAAAAAACGUUGAUGGUUGGAGACGACGAUGGGCGUACCACCUUACACAUUAUUCGGAAUGCACACUCGUUUUCGGUGUGCAACUAG